AUGGGAAUGUUUUCCAAUAAGAUUGAUCGAAAACAAUUGAAACCCGGAGACCACAUCUACUCCUGGAGGCAGGGAUACCUCUAUGCACAUCAUGGUAUAUAUGUUGGUGAGGAAAAAGUAAUACACUUCACUAGAGCAACAGAUGGAACAGAAACUCUUUUGGACCGUCUCGUCGCAAGUUCAAUUCCCAAUUUUAAUACUGAAAUUCCAUGCCCAAAAUGCGGUGAUGGAGGCCAAACAAGGACUAAUGGUGUAACCUUAUCAUGCUUAGAUUGUUUUCUUUCCAGAGGUGAACUAUGUCUCUUUGAGUAUGCUGUCUCAUGUGCACAUUUUCUAGCUCAAGCUAGAGGAGGUACCUGCACAAUUGCUUCCUCUGACGCAACUGAAGAUGUACUUCACCGUGCUUUUUAUCUUCUUGAAAAUGGCUUUGGUCCCUACAAUGUCUUCAAAAAUAACUGUGAAGAUUUUGCAAUUUAUUGCAAAACAGGCCUCGUUGUAACCACAACAAUCAGUCUAGGCGGAAGUGGACAAGCGGGAUCCUGCUCGGCUGCUGCCAGUUCCAUAGCUUCUUUAUCAGUUCGAUUUGUGACCACAAGUUUUUGUGGUAUGACAUUGGUUGGUUGUGGAACAUACUGCAUUACAAGAUUAGUUUCUGAUAUUUGGUUUCGACACAAGAUGAUUGCGAAAUUCAAAGAGGCUAUGAUGAGUCGCUUUGGAAUGACAAACUUGGGAUUAAUGUCAUUUGGCAUUGCCAUUGAGGUCGUUCGACAAAAUGAUGGUAUCUUUACUUCUCAAAAGAAAUAUGCAAGUGAUAUUUUAAAGAAAUUCAAUAUGGGACAUUCAAAACCAAUUUCCCAUAUUGAAAGAAAAGUUGAAGCCGGCAACAGAAAGUGA